AAGCUUCAAGGAGUCACGUGACAGCGUAGAAUAGCAGUAUGGAGGAUAGAAGAAUGAAAGAAUACGCAUGUAUAUCGUCUAUAGUGGCAUGUUUUCUUUUGUCAGUCGUUUAUGUCGCUAGUUUAUAUGUCUGGAAUUCCCCACAUAACAGAGACCACCCAUCGACCAUAAAGAAAAGAUUCUUAAGCGUUUUCAUAAUGAUGUUCGUAUCCCCGCUAUUUUUAUAUAGCUUUUCCAGAGAAGGAAUUUUAAAAAAGGCUUCAAUAUGGGAACUUCUGGGAUUAAGGUGGCAAGGCCUUUUUCCUGCUGCAGUUAUUCCACUCUUGUUAACAAUGCUCCUCUUCCUUGGACCUAUAUGCAUGCAAGGUUUCAGUGGACUGUGGAAGCUCUAUGCAGAGCCGAGGUACUGGCUGGCGAAUGCACAGAACUUAAUAUGGCUAAGAAACCAUGUUGUGGCCCCGCUGUCUGAAGAAUUUACAUUUAGAGCUUGCAUGCUACCACUUCUGCUGCAGUGUUUCCGACCAAUGACAGCUGUAUUUGUAUGUCCCUUAUUUUUUGGCGUAGCCCACUUUCACCAUAUGGUGGAGAGAAUGAAGACUGGUUUGGAUCUUCGCCAUGCAUUGAUGAUUUCUUGUUUCCAGUUCGCAUACACAACAUUAUUUGGUGCAUAUUCUGGCUUCUUGUUUGCUAGAACAGGUCACUUCAUUGCACCGUUUGCAGCUCAUGCAUUUUGCAACCACAUGGGAUUUCCCGAUUUUGCAGAACUGAUGACUUACAAAGAUCACAACAGAAUAGUCCUUAUGUCUUUAUUCGUUCUGGGACUUGUACUCUGGUGUGUAUUGCUGACCCCAGUUACAAAUCCCCAUUGGUACAGCAACAAUCUGUUUUGGAAGACAUAGUGAUAACUACUGGUCUGCUAACAGGAAAUGUAGACAGAGCUGCAUAUUCAUAUUAUGCCACAGUGCCUCAUAACAAUACAGAAAUGAGAUUAUACAAACUGGACUGUGACUGUCUGAAUAUCAGUUCACUAAAAUUUAUUUAUUUAAUUAUUUUAAUUGCACCUUUCGACAGUAAGACCUCCUGUAUGCAUUAUUCUGUGAAUAGGAUGUGAAAAUCUGGUGUUACUGUCAUUAUAGUUCGAUUCUACAGUAAAUUAAACAGACCACUAUUCUGCAGUUUUUGUUGCAAAGAAAUGCCGUAAAUUUUUAUGUCUACUUAGUAGAAAGUAAAUUCCUGCAUAUAUUAUGGCAAUAGUGGAAAGUAAUGAUUAAAAGGACAAAUAUACUUUCACAUUUACUAAGAAGUGGAAUUGUGUCUCUAACUGUUUUUGCUCUGAGGAAGCCCAAAAAUAUCUAUUUUAGUUUUCAUUGUACCUGUCUGACACUCAGCACUUCAUUUUAAAAGUGACUGGUUGUCUGUCCUUGUAAUCAUUUUUCAUAUUUAUCCAGUCUGUUUGUGCUCAUUAUCAUUGACAGUGAGUAAUGUGUAUAUGGUUGUGAUGUUACAAAAGUAUGAAAGGAAAGAAAUCUGGUUGACUAUAGAUCAUUGCAGUCAGGCUGAUAGCAGCAGCUUUGCUAAGAAGUAGUAGAGAUAUAUUUCUCAGUCAUUAUUGAAAGGUGCUAAUAGUGGUCAUUGUUAUCAGUGUUUUAUUAGUGAUCGUAAUUAUGAACCUACACAAGCAAGGUUGUGAUCAGUGAUGCCACAUUUUGGCAGAAAAAGGAUAGGUAAAUGCUGAUAUUAUGUAAUAGCUAAAAUAUUUAUUUCUUGUAUUUUCAGUGAUUAGUGUACAAUUUGUCUCGUUCAUGUUUGAAACUGGUGGUAACACUAAUGUGAUUAGAAAAAUUGCCAAGGAGAGUACUUGUUAACACACCCUGACAAAUUACAGCAGUGUCUCACGCUGUAACUCAAACCUGUGGCCUUGAUUUUGGAAACCUAGUUUUUAUUUGCCAGGAAGUAUUCUUGAAUUGUAAUUUUGUGGUAAAUGAGGAUUGUUCUUUCUCUUAUUGUAAAAUGCAAUUUGAUCAUAAAAAAAAAAAAAAAGUUGACAGUAAUGUAUGUGGGGCUGGAAGAGGUUAAAUAUCUCCACCAUGUUAAAUUCCUGUGUGUUUGAGGUAGUUUCUUGUUAUACUUACAUAGCAUAUUUGUAUGAAUAGUGCUUCAGCAAAGAAAAUGAAAGGAAAGAAGAAAUUAUUUAUAAGAUGAAAACCUAGUCAUUAGAAUAAAAGAUUCAUGCUCAAUUAAAAGGCAUCUGGCCUUUCCUUACAUUUUAGGUAAAAUGGUGAUACUAAUAUCUUCCACAUAUGUUAAAAUUACUACUUCCAGGCAAAAAUUAUUAGUUUGGAAGCACAAAAACUUGGGAUGAUUAUAGGCUGGUUCCUGCACAGACUGAUAUAGAAUAGUUUGUGGAUCAGAAUUCUACAUUUCUUCCUUUUAUGACUUGUUGUAUGAAGCAUGUCUCAGAUAAGAGCUACUAUUGCAGUACAAUUAGUACAGAUAUAUAUUUUCAUACAAAAAUUGUAAAGUCCAUUCAUUGUGAAUAAGAUGCUCCUUCAUUUUUCUCAGAAAUAUUCAUGCAAACAUGGGAAAUAAGCAUUGAUGAUACAGAAGUGAACCACAAGUUUUAAAAAAGUCAUGCAUGUUCUCACUUAUUCAGUGAUUUAAGUGGAAAUAAAGAAUGAUGCACAAUUGCCUAAGUUAAAAUAAAAGGUUUUCAUGAUUAAUUAUGCAUAUGCCCAUGGAAAAACUACUUAAAUUUAGUAUAUGGCUGUUUUGCACAAAUUGAGUUGUAAUUAAAAUAUCAUGAUUUUUUGAAAUGUUCUAUGGUUGUUAGUAAUACUGCAUUCAUUUUUUGUCAGUAGAAUUUUCAGCAUUCAUUUUUUGUCAGUAGAAUUUUCAUUAGUCUUACUUAAGGAUACUAGCUGCACAUUGUGUCUGUGUUGAACAGUGAAGGUGUGAGUGUACUGUGAUGUUCAGUUAUGAGAAUAUAUUUUUCAUGAUAUAAAAUGAUAGUUCUGGAAGACUUUCUUGUUGUGCUAAAAUGUUAUAAUAAGGGGAAAAUUAUUAAAUUUUUACACAUUUGCUAUUAA